AUAAAAUCAAUUGAAGGCACACAUACGCGCGCACACAUACAGGCCGCCAGGCCAGGCAUAGACGGGUGAAAAGAAGCCAGUUACAACUGUUAAGGACGCCCAACGCAGGCGCGGAAGCUGCAAGUGGAACGCCCAGCAAGUCAGGCAGGAUAUUGCAAGAACGUACCUAUAUAAUAGCAAAGGCAAUACUGCAGACCACAGAAGCAGUUGAGUAGGUGGCAGUGAUAAAAGAGCGCAAAGCAGCCGUAGGUGAAGCGGGGCACAGCGCAGUAUUCCUGUUCGCGUAACAGCAGUGAAAGCAAUUCGAAAGUGUAGGAAAAGUCGUAAAAAUACCAACGUGAAAAUAGCGCAGAAGCUGGUGACUUGCUGUGAGACCCGCACGCAACAGCGCGCACCACUCCCGCGGAGAGGUUUGUAUUGGCAACUCGCGAAGCGCAAGAACAAAGCAUAACAACAGCAAAAACAAGGCGAAGGCAGUGCCAGCCGUGGUAACUGCAGCAGCCACAGCGCGAUAAAGCACAUUCCGACAGACCACAAGCGCAACAAUGAAGCCGUCGGAUUUGCUGCAAUUAACGGAAAGGAUCAAAUUUAAGAUUCCUUUACCGCCCGGAGUCACAACAACAACUCUAAUACCAAAACUAAUACGCACCAAAGAUGUAAAGCAGCUGCAGGAUGGCAGUGCGCAGCCAACAAAGCCUAAAUUAACGAAAUGCCUCAACACACUGGACUUAACAUCGCUGGGCGUUGGAUCGUGUUGCGGCACUGGUAUGUACCUGGUUGCGGGUAUGGUGGCGAAAAAUCUCGCCGGACCCGGUGUGAUCAUUAGUUUUAUCAUUGCAGCGGUGGCAAGCAUUUUUUCCGGGGCCUGCUAUGCGGAGUUCGGCGUACGCGUGCCACACACUUCCGGUUCAGCUUAUAUGUACUCAUAUGUAGCGGUGGGCGAGUUUGUAGCGUUCAUCAUUGGCUGGAAUAUGAUAUUGGAAUAUUUAAUAGGAACAAGUGCCUGUGCAUGUGCUUUAAGUUCGAGUUUCGAUUCACUAACCGGCGGGGCAAUAGCGAACUCAAUUGGUGAUACAGUCGGCACCAUAUUCGGUAAGCCACCCGAUUUUAUAGCAUUCGGCAUAGCGUUGAUUAUGACCUGCGUAUUGGCGAUGGGGGCGAGUAAAUCGGUGAUAUUUAAUCACACAUUAAAUGCCAUAAAUCUGGCGACAUGGGUAUUCGUGAUGGCAGCCGGUUUAUUUUAUGUUGACACCAGCACUUGGACGGAGCAUCAAGGCUUCUUGCCAUAUGGCUGGAGUGGUGUGUUCUCGGGUGCUGCGACCUGCUUUUAUGCUUUCAUCGGUUUCGAUAUUAUAGCCACCACCGGUGAGGAAGCGCACAACCCACAAAAGAGCAUACCGAAAGCAAUUGUUGGCUCACUAGUGAUCGUUCUGUUUGCGUAUGUGAGCGUUAGUUUAGUCUUAACACUAGUUGUGCCCUACGAUCAUAUUAGCGCGGGCGCAGCGUUGGUUCAAAUGUGGUCUUAUGUGGGCGCACCGAAAUGUCGCGCCAUUGUCGCUGUGGGCGCCACCGCUGGGCUAUCCGUGGCAAUGUUCGGCUCUAUGUUUCCCAUGCCACGCGUGAUUUAUGCAAUGGCGCAAGAUGGGCUCAUAUUCAGGCAACUCUCACAACUAUGGCAACGCACGAAUGUGCCGGGUUUGGCGACCAUUGGCAGCGGUAUUGCAGCUGCGCUAGUUGCGCUCACGGUGCGUUUGGAGAUACUCGUUGAAAUGAUGUCCAUCGGCACACUGCUCGCCUACACGCUGGUCUCCACCUGCGUGCUAGUGUUGCGCUAUCAACCGCACAGCACAUCGCUGGUCGAGCUGCUGCCAGCACAGCUGCGCACACCGCUGGCGCCGGGCACGGCAACGGAUCCGAGCGCUACCACCGCCGAAGUGUUGCCGUCGAACAAAUUAACAAUAAAACGCGUUACGCGUGGCAUGUCCGAUUCUGAUGACUCGUUCAUCGAUGAGAGUCCAGAGGGCUAUCUAGGACGCGAUGAUCAAUUUCUCGUGUCCGAUCGUUCGGAGAACAAAUUCUAUGGUAGCGUGCAUGGUGCGCCAACUGGACCGACUGGUCAAGCAACCGCCUUCGAUACCAUGGGUCUAAAUUUCGUAUCGCGCAAAAUACACGAUUAUGCGUACCUAUGUCCCGGUUUCUUUCCAUGGAUCAAUCCUGGCCAAGCCACGGCGGAAAGUGGCAUGUAUGUCACGAAACUUGUUGGAAUCAUGUUCGGUCUCAUAUUCUUCUUGGAUCUGUUUGCGGCCAUUGGCUGGUCCGGUGGCUUCGCCGCAUUCAUUUAUUUCAUUUUGUUCAUUGGCAUAUUUGUGAUACUAUUAAUUAUAUCAAGACAACCACAAAAUAGAUAUGCGCUCGCAUUCUUAACGCCGGGACUUCCAUUUAUUCCAACAAUUGCCAUAACCGUUAAUAUUUAUUUAAUAUUUAAAUUAAGCAUACUCACCUUAGUUAGAUUCACCAUAUGGAUGACUCUGGGUUUCAUCAUGUACUUCUACUAUGGCAUAACGCAUAGCACACUCGAACAGACGACUGAUGAGAUAGAACUGCAUGUCGAUAAGGACUAUAGUAAAAAUGUUGAGGAAAAGGCCGUGUGGGAUCAGCCAACGUAUAUGAAUCAAAGCAAUGAGCCUGUUUGGGCUACAAAGGAUACACGGGCAAAACAGACAACAGCAACAACAAAACGCUCCAACACAAAUUAUUCCAAAGCAACCGAAAGCAAUUCCUCAAAACAACCACAAACAAAAAAUUCCACUAGUACAAGAAAUACAACAGCGAAUUCCACAACAGCAACAACAGGUAGCGAUGGCAAAUUCACCAUGUUCAUCGAUGAGACGCAAUUCCCCACGUGGGAUGAUUAAAAGUAGCAGACAAAAGUAAAAACUAAAUGUAUUUAAUUAGUAAUAUUCCAACUAAACGAAAAUAUAAAUAAUUUACGAAAGUUCGAAGGAUUUAGAAAGGAGAAAAUGCACUAGGUCUGUAUUAUA